AUGUGCGAGGGCAUCUUGUCGCCGGUGGCGGAGAUUUCCGCCUCGCACGCACAUUUCUCCCUCGCUGUCGAGUGCCCCGGUUGGCAUUCACACUCGUCCUGGCCGAACCGACGCUCUCAGCGCCGCCGCCCUAUCCCAUCCGACACGAAAUAUUUAUCCACUAAACAGCACAUCUCCUGCCGCUUCCCCCCUCCCCGCCUCUAUUCAUGCAAAGCCUCCUCCCACACCCUGUUCGUUUCACGCCUGCUGCCAGGAACAACCACCCCGCUUCCCACUCGAACCGUCACCCUCGUCCGCCCCCCAUCCCAAACCAACUCGUUCCACACGUCGUACUACCCAACUACCGAAAUCCUUCCUGCCGCUUCUUCGCACUACGAACUGGCCCUAGUCUGUCCUCCUCUCGGCGAUCCCCCCGCCUCUCCUACCCUUGCGCCCACGUCGCUCUCAUUUCCAUUCACGCCCGCCUUGUUUACUACGCACAGGCGCUCUCAAGAAAACUACUGCCGACCGCUAAGAGUUCAGCGCCACGGUUCCGCCCUAAACGCCGCCCUCCGAGCCCCCGAACGACAAGCCCUACUCCUCCCUUGUUUCUGCCAACCGCAACCACCACUACGUCAUGACCGCCGAGGCCCACCACGGCCCGCGCCUCCCCGACAAGCGCAAAGCGUCUUCCGCCUUCGCGACCUUACCUCCGGUCACUCCCCCCAUGCUGGAUCCCGGUUUUCGCUACCCGCGUCUCACCCCGAACCUCCGCGAGAUGAUUCAUGGCUUCAGUCAAGGAAUUCAAGAAGCCUCCACCCCAACGCACGACUCAACGCACGACUUUCUCACCUCUCCUGA